GAAGACUGGAAGCUGCAGCGCUUGCCGGCGGACCCGAUCCAGCGUCGCACGAGCUUCCAUGCCAUGCUGGACGCCGAGUAUGACCGCCUCGAGAGCGUCUUCCUCGCCCAGCGUCUGCAUGACGCCACCGAGACGUGUACCCACUUGGACGUCACAUGCGACGACGACCAACUCUUGCUCACAAGCACAAUGGUGUGUACGGUCCACGCAGAUAUGCAGCGCGUCGCGAAUGCGCUGUGGGCAAUCUAUUCGCAGGAAGUCCCCGUCGUGCUCGAGUCGGGUGCGCUUCUGGCGCUGCCACGUGUCGAUGAGGCGACGCGCUACACCAAGCUGCUCUUGCGCUACCCCGGCAACUUUGAGCUGCACGGCAACAUGGCCAGUAAGCGCUACGACGAGUCGAGUUCGCGUAUCGCGUUCACCAUGCGCAUCGUGCUUGACGACGAGCUAUACCCGUACCCGCCCGAAGUCUACGUACCCCAAGAGUCAGCUUGGUUUGUCAUCGAGCGGACUGGCGCGAAUACGAGCCGCAUCAAGUACUUUAGCCGUGGCCACGUGCCGUGCAAGAGCUACCGCGAUGCCUCCCGCCACCGCGAUACGGACUUGAGCUUCUCGGCACUGGCCGACCACGUGCUUGCUGGCUAUCGCAGCAACUUGCAGACGAUGCAAACACGAAUCGAACGCCACCUCUUCGAGUCGCUACCCAUUUUUUUUGCUGUGUAACAACAAUAUGUACUACUGCAAUACCCGA